GAUUGUUUAAUUUCACUUUGGCGAUGGCGAGUUUGGAUGAAAAGUGGAAAGCUGUGGACAACUUUGAGUCUGUUGUGGUAGAUCGUGAAAGAGAUGUUGUUCGAGUGACAGAAGAACUGUAUGAUCUUCAUAGCAACAGAGAACAAUUCAGGGGUGUAACAAGUAGUUGCAACUAUCGCUUGACGAUACCAUUUGCCCCCAUCUCUUUGGCUCGGGCAAAACGACCUUUGCCCGAACCUCUUUGGAACCCUUUGAGCAGAACCUUUUUGGAGAAGCUGAAAAGGGCUUCGUUGCUUUAUGUGGAUUUAAAGGAGUUGGAGCCAACUCGACCCAUCGAGGAAAAACGAAACCUGAAGUGGGCAGUGUACUAUUUGUUAAUCAAGGCUGCUUGUUUGCAAUCAGGUCUUCCGCAACCAGACCCGGACGAAUGUUUCAAGGAACUGAAACUUAGGAGUGAUGCUUUGGUUCAGAAAAUCCGUUCAAUCUUAAACAUUCCUUCCGAUCAAUAUCUCCUUGUGGCAUUUGACGAAGUUGGUGUCCUAGACGAAAGUCUCGACGAAUUUCAUUUCAAGAGAACCCAUGACGGUAGAGUUCGACCUUACAACGACUUUUUCGGUAUCAUUAGUCAAUUGUGCAAAGAACCCGACUUGUUUUUUAUAGUUGUUGGGAAAAACAAGGGUUUAAGUAUUAAGAAUGAUGUAGCUUUUGGGCUAUCGAGAGUUAUACUACAUUUUAUCCCUUUAUCACCUUUGGACGCUUCCAGUAUCGUUGAAUUCCUUGAAAGAAGUCUUCUAAAGACACCUACUCAACAACCGGUUUGUAAUGUCUUAUGUAGUUCUUCAUUUUCAGUAAAUGAAUUGGCAGAUUCAUUGUUGGAAUGUACAGGUGGAGUUCCUGGUUUGUUGACGCGUUUAGUGAAUAUGCUUUUGAAUUAUGUGGAAAUGAGAAAUAAGCCUUUUAUAUCGAAAGAAGAAUGUUUGACAUGUAUGAACGACUACGAUUUCCGAAGAAUUUGCGCUGAACCAUUUGUGGAACGAAUAUUGAAUUUGGACGAAGAUAGAAAAAGUGUUUUUGAUAUACUUUUAAUGAUGGCUCUUUAUCGUAUACCGUCUAAAGUAGAUGAUAGAUUGUCCUCGGAGUCUUAUCUAUUUGAUGCAGUCACUGAAAUGGGACUAUAUCGAUAUCCUAUUGACCAGAAUACUUUCCAAAUUCUUAUUCCAAAAGUAUUUGUUGGAAUCUUCAAGAACGACCCUUCCAUCUCUUCUUUGGAAAAGAUACUUCUCGAAUCACUUGAUGUAGAACCAGUAGAUUGUUUCGUCUAUUCAAAGUGUCGUGUAUUUGAAGGAAUUGUCGCUUUACGACUAGUUUUGAUGUUGUCUUCAAAGAAUCGAAAUGAGUUGAGGGAAUUGUUGUGUCAAUUGUCUCCGAUAUGGAAACAAAUGAAACUUCCAAUCAGUACAAUAUCACCUAUUCACUAUAUCAAGUCUGUUGUUAGUUCUAGAGAAACAAAAAGUGAAUCGAACAAGAGUCGACGAACUUUUGCCAAUACUGAAUGGAAUAAGAUUAUUCGAGAGACACUUUAUUUAGAGACUAUUUACAUUCCUUUGGACGCUACUUCUCAUAGUCCUGAUAUUAUAUUCAAAUUACAAUCUCCUGUGGAACCCAAAGUUCUUACUGUUGGAGUUGCAUGUAAAGGACGUUGGAAGUCGGAAGGAAUUGGCUGGUCAGAUAUUAUAGAUGAAGCCAAGAAAUUUUUAGAUCCUGUUUAUGAUCAAGUCUUAUCCAGUGCAAUGGAUUAUCAUCAUUGUAUGCUUAUUAUCGUUAGUACAAAGUUAUCAUUGAAUGCUUCUAAUGAGCUGGGUAAUCAGAGUCGUUGUUACUCCAGUGGAAUGUUUAUUGGAGGUGAUUUGUUCAAAGUACCUGAUAAUUGUGAACUUGUUAUUCUUUGUGAAAGAGAUGUCCAAAUGCUGAUUGACGAAGAAAUAUUGAAUGGACUUGAAAGAGCAUUUCAUGUUUCUGAUAAUCCUACUUUUUGGGAUUUUGGAUUAGAUUUACUUCAUAGAAUCCGUAACAGUUUCUUAAGUUGGCAAUAGAUUCUAACUCAGUCCUUCCCUUUGUUUUGAAGAGCAAAUAAACUUUUUUUUUUGUAUGUUUGAAACUCGGUUACAUCUUACUUGCUUGUCUUUUGGACACCAUACAGUCUUCCUUGAAAAGAGUUUAUUAGCUGGCUUUCAAGGCUGGCUUAUAAUCGUUUCAUGUCAAUUUUGCAAUAUUGCAGAGUUGUAACAAUGAUUCAAAAUGAAUAGACUAUACAUACAUACAUGUUGAUACAACUAGAAUGAAAAAUAUCCUUUCUUGUCCAAAUACUUAGUAAAGUGGUUACCGAAGAAUAUCUCAAAACAUUCUUCAAGUGUCUGCUAUGUUGUCUUUCUAGUCUGUUGAAAAAAGACUAGUAACUCCUUUUACUAUAAUUCUCAAAGACUGAGACAGAAAAAGUUGUUUGUAGAUUUCACUUGGACUGUCCUUCCUGUCUUUUGUUAACUGAAUAGAAGAGAGUUUUCCUCGGUUUUAGACCAAACGAAGGGAAUGGCAGCAAAAACUUGAGGCUUUCUCUAGCUUGAGGACCUACACUGCGGUCUUAAAAAGAGUUUUAGCUUGUUGAAAUUCGAUAAAAGUUUAGAUUCCUUU